GGCGCGCGGCCGCCCGGCGCCCGCCUGGAGCCCGCGGCCCUGCCGGCCGCCCAGCCCGCCAGAGCAGCCCAGGCCGCCGCGCCCGCGCCUCCGCGCCCCUCCCCGGGACUCGCGGCCGCCGCGCCGCCGCUGCAGGCUAGCCAACGACCGGGAGAAAAGAGUGGAAAAUGCAAAACAACGAAAUUAUUAAACCUGCCAAGUACUUCUCGGAGCUGGAGAAGAGCAUCUUGCUCGCCUUAGUAGAGAAGUACAAGUAUGUGCUGGAAUGCAAGAAGAGCGACGCGCGCACUAUUGCCCUCAAGCAGCGGACCUGGCAGGCCCUGGCCCACGAGUACAACUCGCAGCCCAGCGUGUCGCUGCGGGACUUCAAACAGCUCAAGAAGUGUUGGGAGAACAUCAAGGCUCGCACCAAAAAAAUUAUGGCCCACGAGAGGAGGGAGAAAGUGAAGCGCAGCGGGAGCCCACUGCUGAGCAGCCACGGCCUGGACAAGGAGAAGAUCAGCAGUAUGCUGCCGGAGCAGCUCUACUUCCUUCAGAGCCCGCCCGAGGAGGAGCCGGAGUACCAGCAGGACGCGGCCGCCCAAGAGUCCUUUGCUGUUUCAAAUCGAGAACUGUGCGAAGAUGAGAAAGAGUUCGGCCAUUUUCCGGUCUGUGAGGGGACCUCACAAACCGAACCCUCGUGCUCAGCCGUCAGAAUAACAGCCAAUAAAAACUACAGGAGCAAAACCCCUCAGGAAGGUGCUUUAAAAAAGAUGCACGAGGAAGAGCAUCAUCAACAGAUGUCCAUCUUACAGUUGCAGCUGAUCCAAAUGAAUGAGGUGCACGUGGCCAAAAUCCAGCAGAUAGAACGGGAGUGUGAGAUGGCGGAGGAGGAGCACAGGGUCAAGAUGGAAGUCCUCAACAAAAAGAAGAUGUACUGGGAGAGAAAGCUACAGACCUUUACUAAGGAGUGGCCUGUUUCCUCAUUUAACCGGCCCUUUCCCAAUUCACCCUAAGACUCGGGGAUGGCUCCCCUGUAGUUGAUGUGCUGGCGAGUGUGGGGUGUGACCUUUGUGGUCAUUAGCCCUCAACAGACCUGCGGCUAGGUGGAUUCGAGUGGUAGUAGUCACGUAUUUAAGAAUGCAUUCAGGUAAACAGCUGCACCCGUCUACCCCUAAGGUGGCCAAGAGGCUGUCACAGUCUUCUAAAAGUCACCACUAUGCGUGCUAUAAUUCUGAAUGUACUGUUCUUAAUUAGAAUUCAUAGACGAACCAUGUGUGAGUGUUGUAUUUUUUUUAAGAAGUGCAAGUGGGAUGAUAAUGGAGUGUGGCUGGCGAUUUUGACCUUAUCUUUUAGUGGGCUUUUGUUUGUUUUUCAGCUCAGUGGAGGUUUUACACCCAGGUGUGAAGCCCGUGCAUUGUCUGGCUGGGUGCUUAGCUGUUUCUCCCCUUUUCAGUGUACUCUGAGUGCGAUGUUUGCAGAGCCCAGCCCUUGGAGGGAUGUUUCCUCCUGUGGGUCACAAACCGCCUUUUAAGACUUUCCUCAAAGGGGCUUUCCAACCAUGUCUCCAGCAGAGGCGGCUUCAGUAGAAGUAGGGAUGUAACAGCUUUGAGGGCUUAAUGUUCAUCUAGGUUCCUACAUCCUGUUUGUUUUAUUAAAAAUGUCUUAAAAUUUUAUAGUUACGCUGUGUAUGUUUUUAAAGGUGCUGCCAUCCCAGCCCAGAUCUCUCCCGACUUCUUCUUUCUGAGAGACUGGUCAUCUUGACUUUAGUCUCUAACCCCGCUCUGUGUAGGAGAGGCCCCACCCACUGUGCUCAUACAAAGUGUGAGCUAAUGAUAAUGCUGUGGUGCUGGUGCUGGACCACCAAUCAACUCAACUGUCACCAACAUGUUUCGAGGUGUGGAUGGAUAAAUGGCUGUUUUGAUGGAGCUGUGAUGCUUCUGCUGGAGCCUGAUGCUUAAAGUUUUUUUUUUAGAGUCGGGGGCAGUAGUAGCUAGAAGCAGCAGAGGGACCCUUAAGUGCCAAGGCGGAUGAGCCGUACAGUGAGAUUCUGUAUUGUGGUGUGGGGGGAGGAGCAAAAGUCAGUGCCAGCGUCCUAAAUGUGGCCCUUCCUGAAGGUGCUGUGUGACUCUGACCAGCUCCCUAAAACCUUGACCUGGUGCUUCCUGUCCACAGAAGGAGGGAGUUGAGCUAGACAUUUGGAGCCGGUUUCAGCUCCUCGGCCGCAGCCUGGCUUGUGCUACCCUCUGCACACUACUGACAGCAUGCCAGCCUGAUGGCAUAGGUCUGCACAGAGCUGUCUCCAGAAGCUCCAAAGCUUUGGAAUUUGGGCCCUGGAGCCUGUUAGGUUUUGUAUGGUUCAUGCAGAUUCAACAAUUUGCGCACGGCAUAUAAUGUAAGCAGAUACCAAUUUUGUACAUUGAGUCUAUUUUAAAUAUUUUAGAGGAAUUAGUCCAUUAUUUUAGAUAUAUCCUGCAAUGAGAGACUAGAAGUAGGAUCCUUUCAGAAAUGACGAUUUCUGUUCUUAGUUUAUAUCAGAUGGAGCCUUCAGAGAAUGAAUGGUUUAGAAGUCUCCAGUUCAGAUGGUAUGCAGAAGAUAGACAUCGACUCCCUGUGUCCUGCUUCAGGACCUCGACAGGGGUGAACUACACAGAUUCAGAUGCAGAGAGUUGCCUUUGCUUCAUGCACUGAUCUAUCCAAACAUCUUAUUAAUAUGCACAUCCUGAGUAAGGCAUGAGAUUCUGUUCUUACAAGCUCCCGGAUUAUGCCUGAUUUGAUGCUCUGCUCAACACAUCUCUGAAUGACACAGACUUUUCUUUUUUUAAAGAUAUAUUCUUUAUUUACAUUUCAAAUGUUGUCCCCUUUCCUGGUCUCCCCCCCAGCCCCUGCCCCUGGACAAGGACUUUUUAAAGAGACCUUAGGAAUUUUCCCAUCUUUUGUAUACAUCGAUGUGGUGGCUAUGAUUUUCUAAGAAUUUAUGACUUAAACUCACAAACAGCAACAUAGAAUAACAAAAAUUGCAGUGCAUUUUAAUUGGACUAUAAAAGCAUUGAAUUAAUUCCUAACUGAACAAAUACAGGAUAAUUAAGCCAGAGCAUAAAGCCCCCUAAUGGUAUUUAUGAGUUUACAAUAGUAGUUUGCAAUAUUUGGCUAUGUGUUAGAAAUAAUAUUUUAUAAAUAAUUAGUCCCACUGGGUCUCACUUCCAGAGGGUUCUGAGUCAGUUGACUUGGGGCGGGGCUUGCUAUUCAGUAUUUUUGGAAGCUUUAUAGGUGAUUAUGAUGCAUAGUCUAGAUUGAGAGCCACUUUGUGCGGUUUAUGAAUGUAUUUCAGUUGAUUCUUAAUUCCACAAAGCCAUGGAGAAGUAAGGAAUUGAUGCUCAGAGACGAGCCCACCUGGCACCAGGCCUGUAGCCAGUAAAUAGCGGAGGAGAACUUCAGGCUGGAUCUCUUGGUUCUGAGAUGCACAGCCCCACCUGCUGUCAUUACCUUUCCUUUCGAAGCUGUGCCAAGGGUUUGUUUUAUUCUGACAUUCAGAUGCUGUUACCAAGUGCUUGCUGAAGCAGCUUCAUUCACAAGCAAACAGCACAUCCCAAUCCAUUUCGCUUUUGAGCCUUUUAUUUCCUGAGGUAGAAAUGCAAUAACCGUUUCUUGACAGGAGUUGUGGGCCAGAUACACAUAAAAAAUAUUAAGACAUGAUUCAACAUCAUGGACAUUGCCCAGGAGGGAGGGAGGGAAGGAGGGCUUGUACACAGCAGACUGUAGGCUCAGCCGGUGCACAUCUACAAAUGCUCUUUUAGCUGAGGGCAGAGAACUAAGAAAAAUGAAGAAAGGACUCGUAGAAACAUGGGAUUUGAAUUGAGUCUGUAGAGCUGAUGUUUUGGCAGGUAGGGAUUUGGAAAGCAGAGAACAUCGCUAGAUGACACACGGAUGGGAGAGAGAAGAGUGAGCUAAAGGGGGGUUUUCAAAUCUGAACAGAACUGGGCACCAGGAGGCAAAUUAGAAGCUGGAGUGGAGAGGAGAGGAGAGUGCAGUUGGGAUGACAGAUAGGAGGCUUUGGCUUUUACGUGGCUGAGAUGACAGGACCCAGAGGGGGUCGUGGAAAGGAGACCAGCGACCUGACGAGGUGGACUCAGAGCCGGUUUGGUGAUUGUUUUUGUUGGAGAGGAGUGGAAGGAGUUCAAAGCUAGACUCAUGAGAGAACAAUGCUGAUAACACUGAACCGAAGGGAAGAUGCAGGUGUCCUCUAGGCUAUCUGACUUGUCCUAACCGAGCCUAGGCACAAACAGUGCCAGUUCUUUGUCUCAUGUCUCUGUAGCUACUUCCUCCUUGUCACCCGCCCUUGUUCUCCCACCGGCUCACUUGACCUGGCCUUACUAGUCCUUGGUCACCAGACGUGGUACUGUCUCUGUCACCAAGACUUCCAUUGUCAUUAGGGGUACCUCAUUGCACUAAGAUGACCAGAAGAGUUUUGUUUUGUUUUGUUUUGUUUUGUUUGUUUUUGUUUUUAUCUCAUGUUGAAUAGCAAAUCCCUGGCUGGAAAAGAUUGGUGACUUCUAUAUAUGCAUAUCACAGUUCCUUUUAAAAAUCAAAUAUGGAAUCCUACCCAAUAGGGAUCCUACCCAAUGGGUACAAUUUAGGAAUGUCUCAAGGGGGUUGCCGAGACAACCUUUAAAUGCGUUUUCUUGUUUCGCUUCAGGAGGCAGAGAAGGCAUGGUAAGAGAGUACAUUUGAGUUGUCAACAGUCUCUGCAGUGUCAGGUCAAUUACAUCAGCACUUGGUCUAGACUAGAGGAAAGGAAUGACUGUGCCUCCUGGGAAUGUCACAAGGACCUACCUGAUAAUUAUAUUUGGCAAAGCUAUGAGGAGUGGCUCUCUAAUGUCAUUACUAAGAAUUUACCCUUUUAGCAUUUCUGGAUGCCUGAGCUUUUCAGAGGAAUGGUACUUCAUUUCUGUGCCUUCCCCCGCUGGGCCUCCUCCCAGGUGGUCCUCUUAGUCCUCCCUGCCCUUUCUGUGUUCUUGACUUCUCUCCCCCACCCCCACUCCUAACCUCCCAACCCAGCCCCUCUUCUGCCCUCACAAUAGCUUUCACUCUCCCGUGGUGGAGGUGGAAGGUAGGUGUGAGGAUGCUCUUCCUGCAGAUGCUCAGAGGGCAGCUCCCUCAGCACCUGAGGCAGCCUCAGGACAGAUGGGUUGAUUUAUUUCCAUGCUGCAGUCGAUACCUUUGUCUGCCUUUGUGUUCGUGGGACUCGAGUCACGGGAAAGGUGACCAGGAAUCUGUGACAGCAACCAAUCCUUUCCCAAUCGUGCCAUAUAUUAUGCUCUUCAACAGUUUACUAAUCUCUGCCUCAGUUUCUCCAUCUGUAAGUGAUGUAAUACUUAUCUACCUCCCUUGGAUGUUGUGAAGAUUAGUAUGUGUUGGUAAAGCACUUCUGAAAUAAAGACUGAUACCAAGCACUUGA